AACAAAUAUAGGGGUCUGAUAGUUUGCAAGUAUCAGACAAAAGUUCACAGAGGGCGUUGACUUUAUUAUUCAGGGGAUUGACAUUCAAUGGAACCGGCGGUGGUGAAACUGAAGCCGAUCGAAGCAACACCGGAAACCUUCAAAGAUUUCGGUCAAGUCAUCCAGGCGUCGCCGGACGGUGAAGCUUUCGGCCCUCACGAUGCUCAACUCGAUCUAUCUCAAGGCAUUCCUAGAUUUUAUAUCAUGAACCUUCAAGAUCAGGCCCUCAAGUUUUCGAGUAUAACACACCAUGCAAAUGUGACCCAAUGCCUUGGUUCAAUUGGCGGUGAAUCUUGGUAUCUUGGAGUUUCAAAGCCCUCUAUAGUGGAAGAAAUGGAUGAAAAUGUGGUGCAAGCACGCAGCGGUCACUUGUUUGUGCCUCCUGCUGUCGACAGUGUUCAGGUCUUUAAAAUCACAGGCCCGAAAUCUUUGAAGCUGAUUCGAGGGACUUGGCAUGCCGGCCCAUUGUUUAAGCCGAAGACAAUGCAUUUCUACAAUCUUGAGCUUAGCAAUACCAAUGUAGUGGAUCACACAACCCAUAAUUUCAAAAAGGGAAACGCAACUAUGUUUAUAAUAGAUGACUAGGCUGAUUAGUGAUUUUACAGAUGCUUCUAACUAUGUUUGUUGCUUAUGAUGUAAUUGAGAACUUGCUCUUGUAUUUCAACUCGUGUUUUGCUUA